AUGUCAAGAAAAGAAUUUUGGACUCAAUAUUCAAGGGCUGAAUACCUCCACAGUACAAGGAAUUUUGUUGCAACUUUUGCCAAGGCUUCUGAAGAUGAGGAGCUUGCAGUUUUCUUGAAGCAAAAUGCUAUGUUAGCAUCUGAAGCUCGGAAAAAGAUGAACAACAUCAAGUUAUAUGUCUGGAAGAUGUUCAUUAUGGAUAACUGUAAGGAGCUUAUGCCCGAGUACCUUGGAUUUGUGAAGGGUGUUGUGGACUCUGAUUAUUUGUCUCUCAACAUCUUUCGUGAGAUGCUACAACAGAACAAGAUUCUCAAGGUGAUUAGGAAGAACCUUGUGAAGAAAUGUAUUGAGAUGCUCAAUGAAAUUGCUGAGACCAAGGAGGAUCUACUCGCUGAUAUAUUUACCAAAAGCUCUUCCCAAAUUCAGAUUUAA